ACUUCUGCCUGAAAAACAGGAGUGUAGCUUCAGUAUGGUGAAGGAGGAUCCUUCAAAGAGGAAGACCAGGUGCCACGGACCCUCUGGCGUCUCCUUUUCCUCCUUGACACAGACCCUUCCCUGUAAAAAGGAAGAGGAAGACUCACUGACCCCCCCACAUUAAAGAGGAAGCGAUGGAACACAGCAUCAGUCAGGAGGGAGAUCAUCUUGAAGGACUGGUGGAAUUCCCAGUGACUGGUGUCCCUGUGAAGAGUGAAGAUGAUGAGGUCAAAGGUGAAAGUGAGGAGAAGGGAGGGGCGGAGCCUCCAAGCAGCAGCUCAACACAACACAUGACAACAGAAGCUGAUGGAGACCACUGUGGAGGAUCACAAGCAGACAAGCUCUUAGCUCCACUAUCAGAUAGUGAGGACACAACGUCACACUCUCCUGACACUGAUGAUGAAGACUCUAAAGAUGAUAAGACAUGUCACACUGACAACACUCACUUCAAAUGUUCUCAUUGUGACCAAAGCUUUAAAAAACAUUGUCAUCUGAAAAGACACAUGAGAACACACACUGGAGAUGAACCUUUUUCUUGUUCAAUCUGUGGCUUAUAUUUUACAAGGAAGGACAAUAUGAAAGAUCACACAAGAACACAUAAAGGAGAAAAACCCUUUUCGUGUUCUUUGUGUGAUUCGAGAUAUGCACGAAGUCGAGAUUUGAAAAAACACCUGAAAAGACACACUGGAGAAAACCUUUUUAAGUGUUCUGUGUGUAAUUCAAGUUUUGUCGAAGAUGAACAUUUGAAAAGACACAUGAGAACACACACAGGAGAAAAACAUUUCACCUGUUCAUUUUGUAGUAAAGGUUUUGCACAAAGUCACAAUUUAAAAGUACACAUGAGAACACACACUGGUGAAAAACCUUUUUCCUGUUCAACCUGUGGUAAAGGGUUUACACACAGUCAGAGUUUGAAAGAACACAUGACAAUACACAGUGGAGAAAAACCCUUUUCCUAUUCAAUUUGUGGUGAAGAUUUUGUUCGUCGACAGUCUGUAAAAGUACACAUGAGAACGCACACUGGUGAAAAACCUUGUUGUUGUUCAAUCUGUGGUAAAACUUUCACAGAAAGUCGUUGUUUGGAUAGACACACACGAUCGCACACUGGUGAAAAAGCUUUUACCUGUUCAAUCUGUGGUAAAGGUUUUACAGAAAGUCAAUAUUUGAAAGUACACAAGAAAACACACACUGGUGAAAAACCUUUUUUCUGUUCAAUCUGUGGUAAAGGUUUUACAGAAAGUCAGAAUGUGAAAAGACAUGAGAACACACACUGGUGAAAAACCUUUUUCCUGUUCAAUCUGCAACAAAAGCUUUUGUGAAUGAUCAUACCUUGCAGCACACAUGAGAACACACUCAGGAGAGAAAGUGUUGAGUUGCAGUGUGUGGUGAAAGAUUCUCUUCUAAGUACCAGUGUAAGAAACACAAGUGUGCUGGUGAGAACAGCAGCAGCAAAUGAAACUGCAGGAUUUGAAAAAAAUUGUCAUAUUAGUGCUUUUUUCAGUCGUGUACAUGCAUUAAUAUGCAACAAUAUGUAUUGUUAUUAAAAAUUGAACAGAACAAUUUGACUUAAAAGGUGAAAGUAAACACUACAAUACAUAGUUUACAUACAGUAAACAUUUUAUGUGUAUAUACAUCCAUCAGAAAAUUUUAGACUUAUUCGUAUUUGAGUUUUUAUAGGUAUUUGAAAUAUUGAAGUGUGACAUAAAUUAGCACCCUUAUAUGAUAUACAUAUUUACUGGUUCACAUCUGAAACAUCUUCUGGACCACUUCAGGAAGCAUAUUAUUAUUUACUUUAUACAUCACUUGAACAGUUGUCUUUUAUACAAUUUCAAAAAUGUUUGACUUUAUGAACUAUUUGU